AUGUUAGAGAAGCCACUAUUGAGAGUUGGUAACGUCUCCGGCGCGACGGGCGACCACCCACAUGCCAUGGCUCGCAUGGUGCGCUCGGGCAACGUCCAGGUCAUCACGGGCGACUGGCUCUCCGAGAUGAACAUUGCCUGGAACGCCAUUACCAGGCGCGAUGUCGACUCGGAGCUCGGCUACGAGCAGGGGUUCUUCGACCAGCUCGAGGCUUGCCUGGACGAAAUCAUGACCCGCGACAUUCGAGUCGUCGUCAACGCCGGGGCUCUCAACACCGCCUCGUUGUUCCGCAAGGUCAAGAAGCUAUGCAAGAACAGGGGUUAUUCCCCUGAGAUCGUGGCCGCUGUCUUGGGGGAUGACGUUUCGGUGCUCCUCGGCCAGGACGAUCCCGCCAACCGCCUACCCAACGGUCUGUCCUUUCCGCAUCUCGACCAUCCGGAACUAACGCUUGACAAAUGGGGCUUCACACCUUUGACCGGGAACGCAUACAUCGGUUGUUGGGGAAUUGCCGCCGCUUUACGCGCUGGCGCCAGAAUCGUUCUCUGUGGACGGUGCACCGAUGCCUCUCCUGAGCAGUACGACGAGCUCGCCGGGUCCUUGCUUGCCGCUCACCUGAUAGAAUGCGGGCCGUACGUCGUGGGAGCCAACUUUUCAGGCUUCAAGGAUUUUCUGCCAGACUUGGUCGAUUUGGCCUUUCCGAUUGCCGAGAUCGAGCGGGACGGAUCCUGCGUCAUCACCAAAACGUCCGAGGGCGGUGGGCGCGUCACGCGGGAUACCGUCACAGCGCAGCUCCUGUACGAGCUCCAGGGCCACUUGUACCUCAACCCAGAUGUCGUGGCGAAUCUUCAAGAUGUGCGAGUCCAGGAAGACGGACGAAACGUCUCGCGGCUACAGAGGGAAGACCGGGUCCGCGUCUACAACGUCUACGGACUCCCUCCCCCGCCAACCACCAAAGUCAUGUUUACCGCCGAGGGCGGCUAUCAAGCGGAGGCAACGUUUUACAUCAAUGGCCUAGACGUCCAAGAGAAGGUCACAAUGAUGAAGAAUCAGCUCAGGCAUUUCUUUAGGGACAGUAACUUCAGCCAUCUCAGCAUCGAGCAGUACGGCAGUCAGGCCCCCAACCCGUCUUCUCAGCAAGCAGGAACCGUCAUACUACGUGUCUUUGCCCAGGCGCGCGAGCUAUCUGACAUUGCAGCACUCAAGUUCAAGGUGCCCAUUUACGCGUCCAGGAUGCAGAGCUAUCCAGGCUACCACAUGUCGCUCGACUUCCGGACCAUGGACCCCAAGCCAUUUAUGGAGAUGUUCCCAGCCUUGAUGCCGCAGAGCGCGAUUCGGCACCGCGUCGAGCUCGGCUCGGGGGAGAUUAUACCGGUCGAACUGCCCCUCAAAACGGCCGUGUACCCAGUGAAGCGGCCCACUGGAGACACCAAAGACCCUAUUGACGUGUUGUCCCUAGGGGUCACCGACUUUGUGCCUCUCGGGAGUAUUGUGCACGCACGCUCUGGCGACAAGGCUGACAAUUCCAAUGUCGGCUUCUUCGUGCGCCACGAUGACGAAUACGACUGGCUGCGGUCGGUGCUGACGACGACCCGACUCAAGCAGCUCUUCGGAGAUGACUGGUUCAAGAGCAACCCUGACAGGCGCGUAGAGCGCGUCGAGUUCCCGGGAAUCAACGCCGUUCACUUGUAA